AUUCUCUUUUUAGAAAGAGUUUUUGCACUUGUCUUGCUUUUGUCUACGUAGCCUAACAUGGCCAAGGUGACACCAGGUUCCAUGCAGGAACUGAUCAAAAGUGACCGAAGUAUGUUGAUGGGCUCCGACGACUCUGUGCUGAUGAAGCAAAUUCAGGCAACUCAUGCUCGAGAUGGCCAUGAAAUCAACGUCAGACUUAUUUUUCAAAUCGUUGAGGAUAUCCUCACCCGUUCCGGCAUGCAUGCUCUAAGCUCCGUGACGAGCAUGGGCAUCGAAGCACACGUGGAACAGAUGGAUGACAAAGGCCGCCGAUACUCACUCGAGUCAGUGCUUCGUAUAAUUGAUCGACUUACCAGCGAGAUACAAUUCAAGUGUAUUGGUGGCACAGAUGUGCAUCAAGUGACAGUCUCAAUGUUUAACAUGCUAUCAAGCUAUUCGUGGGAUGCUAAGCUGGUGUUAACAUUAUCAGCUUUGGCAUUGUACUAUGGACACUUCUGGCUCCUCCUUCAGAUUCAUACAUCAAACCCACUUGCAAAAUCAAUGGCAAUGCUUAAGCAAUUGCCACUCAUCAUAGAGCACUAUGGCUCUGGCCCACUGAAAUCCCGGUUUGAUGCACUAAGCAAUCUAAUCACGGCCAUGUUGGAUUUGAGCCGGUGCAUAGUGGCGUUGACGGAGCUACCCUCUUCAUAUGUCACACAGGAUACGCCUGCCUUGUCAGCAGCCACGGCCACUAUCCCAAUUGCUGUCUAUUGGACCGUCAGAGGCAUGCUUGCUUGCGCAACUCAGAUCACUUGCCUUGCUUGCUUUGGCCAUGAGUAUGUUUUUGCCGUUAAUGAAUGCAGUUGAUAUAAAAUGCGUCAUCAAAUGUUUAUUUGAUAAACAAAAAUUAAUUAUGCAUUACCUUAUUCAAAAUAUCAAU